CAUGCGCGCUCGCGCAGUCCACCCGCGCCGCGCCGCACGACCGCGCGCACCAUGCUCAACAUGAAGCUAAAGGAGCGCCUAGCGCUCGCGCUCAGCGCAUUUCUAGUCCUCUUCACCCUGAUGCUCAUAGUCGACCUCCAAAUGGACUAUGGGAUGUCCAGAAACAGGGUGCCUUUACACGGCCGUGUCAAAAUCUCCGACGAUGAAGAUAAAGGCCGGUCAGCCUACAUCGAAUUUCGGAAACGAUUCCUCCAGAAAAGCAAUGGGAGUAAUGGUUCAAGAGAAUACGAGCAGUCAGCGCCCAGUGAGACAAGCAGUGGGGGGGAGCCGGAGCCACGUACUCCGGCGCCCCCUACUGACAAGUACGAUGACUUGGAGGCAAUUCUACACGAGCAAUUGCAGGGGAAGCUGGAAGAUCAUCAGGUGGUGAUACCACCUCAUCGAGAUUUGAAUGUGAUACGGCCAGAAAACCCAACCAUAGGGGAGAUGGAAGAUCUAGAACCAAGCGUGAAUGCUUCCAACUUGGAGAAGUUCCAACUAAGGAUAGCGCAGCACGAGCUGUACGAGGAAGAAGAAGUAUUGGUAAACGCAAUCCUCAAGGAUAUGGCCUCUUUACCUAUUAUACAUGCUGAGCAAAAAGAAGGCGGUACGCAGCUCAAGCUCAUAAUUGACUAUCCAAAUGGAAUCCAAGCUCUUUUCAAGCCGAUGAGGUUCGCGAGAGACGUACAAACUUUGCCAAACCAUUUCUACUUUUCCGACUAUGAAAGGCAUAACGCUGAAAUAGCUGCAUUUCACCUCGACAGGAUAUUAGGUUUCCGUCGCGCCAUGCCGGUCGUGGGCAGAGUGCUCAACAUGACUACAGAGAUAUAUGACGUCACCGAAGGCGAUAUCCUCAAGACAUUCUUCGUGUCGCCCGCAAACAACUUCUGCUUCCAUGGCAAAUGUUCUUACUACUGUGAUACCGGUCACGCUAUAUGCGGUAACCCUGACAUGUUGGAAGGAAGCUUCGCUGCGUUCCUGCCUUCUUCUGAUUUAGCUGAGCGAAAGGUAUGGAGACAUCCUUGGAGAAGAUCAUAUCAUAAGAGAAGAAAAGCUCAAUGGGAACUGCAAUCUGAUUACUGUGACACGGUGCGGACGACGCCACCAUACGACUCCGGCCGGCGGCUUCUAGAUCUAAUGGACAUGUCUAUUUUCGAUUUUCUCACCGGCAAUAUGGAUCGGCAUCACUAUGAAACCUUCAAAAUGUUUGGCAAUGAGACGUUUACAUUGCACUUGGAUCAAGGACGAGCUUUCGGUAAGGCAUUCCACGACGAACUGAGUAUUCUCGCGCCGCUGCUGCAGUGCUGCCUUGUCAGGCACACUACGUUAGCGACCCUACUCAAAUUCCACAACGGGAUUCCCUUGUCGAAAUACCUCCGGGAAUCUAUGAGAGUAGAUCCCGUAGCACCAAUACUCUGGGAACCGCAUUUAGUCGCUUUAGACAGGCGAAUAGUCACCGUCUUAGACGCCCUCAGGAAAUGUGUGGACAAAACUAACAAUCCAAUGCAAGCUGAAGUGAACGACUUUGUAUGACAGAAAGUGAACAUUUAUGGGACUUACAGAAAAAGAGUCGUUGUUUGAAUUCCAUGUCAGGUAGGGGCAUUAAAAGGCUUAUGAGACGACAGUGAUGGAAAUUAUUAACAAGGUCAAAGUGUGAUGAACACAGGGUUGUGUAUGUGUUGAUUCGGUGUAUCGUUAUAUGACGUUAGUAUGUAAGAGUAAACAAUGCAAGAUCUUUGGUUCUGCCUACGAGACUUCUAGACAUAUAAGUUUAUAGUGCCAAAGAUUGUCCAAAUGAAAUGUGAGAGCAUAAUUUUAAAACCAUUCCACUAUAAGUAGUUAAUUUGCCAUUAUAUGCCAAAUGAGCGAAAGAAUGAGUGAUUUAAAAGUAUAUAUUCUUUCGGAAAGAACUAAUGGUGAAUAUUUAUUUAUCUAAGUAACCAGUAUUGACGGCGUGACUCGAUAUGAUAUCUAUUCAUAGAUAUUUUAAUUUCCUAUAUGGUGUAUAUUUCGAAUUAAGUAUUUUAAUUUUAAUCGGGAAAUUUAUGCUGUAAGGGAGAGUGCAACAUACUGUACAUAAUAUUAGAGAAAUUAAAUAUUUAAGUUAAACGAAUAAAAAUAAUAAUAAUUAUACAAUUACUGGUCAAUCAAUCAAUGACUUAUUGUUAAGUUUCCUUAAGUAAUGAAAUAAGUUAAUAAUAUUUCAUGGUCAUUUUUAUAUAACCCUUAAGUAUGUAACAAAGAGAUCUUAUUUAUUUUAAAAUGUUAUUUUUUCAUUUGUUGUUUUAAUGUUGAAUUGGUAUAAAAUUUUAUUUGUGAAUUUUCAUUUUUUGUUGACUCUCAUUAUAAAUUAACCGCUUUGUUAUACAUAAAAUAACGUACUCUGUUACCGUAGCAAAAAGCUCAAUAUGACAUAUCAUAUAAAUAUAGUGUAUAGAGCGGAACGUACAUUAUAUACAUACAGCCUUUUCCGUUUUAAUUAGUUAGAAAUAUGAGGCUACCAGAUUACCUAUCCAAUGCAAGAAUGUACUGAUUAAUUUAUUUCAUAGAUAUAAUUAAUUAUAUUGAACUUUACUUUGGUUUUAUUUUUUUUUAUUGAUCUCGAAAAUUAAAAACAAGAUUAAUGUGUUUUAAAAGUUAGUUGUGAAAUUUACUAAUCGUCUGCGUACUAAAUUAUUUAAUCGUGAAAUAUUUACAUUAUAAGAAUAAUGCAUUUCUAUAACAAUGGCAAUUUUAAAGAAUAUAUUUGCGAUCGAAAUUUGCUACAAAAUACAUAUUAUAUAUUAUGGAAUAAGAUAAUGCUCUAAAUAAUUACUUAGUUACUUAUUAGCUAUUUUUGUGAUGUUUGAAAUUAAUUCUUUUAAUGUAUAGUUAGGAUAAGCGGUAUAGUUAAUAAACCUCUUACGAGUUAGCCAUUCCAACUUUGAUAAUAAAAACUAUCUCGGUCAAUAUCGUGCAAAAUACAUAUUUUAUAUAAAACUAU